GUUGUUAUACAUUGUGGUUUAUUGUCUGUUCUUAGAAAUUGAUAUUAUUCAUAACUUUAUGUUAGGUCAGUCCGGUCCCCUUAUCUUCCUAUUAUUGUGUUCAUCAUUUGCUUAUGGUUUAAUGAGGAAUGGCUGUGCGUCAGUGGAUUCCUGAUAUGUAUCAACCUGCUUUUGUCUGUACCAGCUGUUUUCAUCCGGCAGACACUGCUCUUUACACUAUUGGUUGCAGGAGACCAGAUAUUCAUAAAUCAGGGUAUUGCCGGGCAGUAAUAAAUAAAGGAAUUCUAGUACAAUUGCUCGAUAAUGUUCAUCAGAGUGGUUUAAUUUACAAUUAUCCUCCGAAAGAACCGGAUACCAAAAGUUUACAUAGUUCAUACAGGGAAUCUCAACCUUCAUAUGAUGACAUGAAGCUACCAAUCACAACAGGCCACUAUAAAGCAAAGUUCACUGCCUUGCUCUAUUAUGAAGAACAAGAACACAUUGAACUAUUAAAGAAGAAGUGUGAUGGUAGCUUUGCCUUACAAAAAUGUGAACCGCCAUUUUUAAGGCAUGAUGAAAAGAGCUAUCCCCCUCAUUUCUAUUGUCUACAAGGAAUGUCAUCAGCACAGAUCAUGUAUGCUACUCAAGCCAGUAAUCGACAUGUUACUGUUAGCAUUGGCCGACAUAACUAUGUAGCCAACAUUCUGAGUUGUAAUUAUUCACAUAUUGAUGAUAAGUUAUACAUUUGUUUCAAAGGCAGCAUUCAUGGCCAGUCUCUUUUAAAAGUCAAUGCAAAAUUUGACGUUAAUCACAAUUAUUUUGUUGGCCUCAAUGAAGGAGUGAAAAGGAUAAGCAUGAAUGUUUUACAUCGUCUUAUACCUACAUCAGAAGAUUUUAAAAGCCCUCCUAGAGAUAUUGCCAUUGACAUUAGAAGGCACCCAUAUGGAGGGAUUGAUCUUGAUCCUGAGCAGUAUUUAGCAUUAGAAGCAAUACUCAGUAACCAGUGUUCAGCUCCUGUCCUGAUACCUGGUGCUUUUGGCUGUGGUAAGACUCGUCUUCUUGCUGUGGCUACAGAAUGUUUCUUCAGAGAGCAUCGUGAGACUGGAUACCAUUCACCUUGUCGUAUUUUAAUUUGUUGUCAUCACCAACGUUCUGCUGAUGUUUUUAUAGAUGAUUAUUUCAGCAAAAUGCUGUCAAAAUCAUGGCCAGUAAAAGUUGUACGUGUUACAAGCUCGCGCCAUUGUGUUGGCUAUCCUGGUUAUGUGCAAGCUGCCCAUUUUGAUAAUUCACCAUACAAGAAUGAAAAUUCCUUUCUAUUGGUCACAACAUUUGGAGGAGCCCUAACAAUAUCUAGACGGGUUGAGCCUGAUUUCUUUACUCAUAUUCUAAUUGAUGAGGGAGCUCAAUCUCGUGAACCUGAAGCUCUUAGUCCAUUUCUAAUGGCAAAUGAGAAUACUCGUAUUGUUAUUGCUGGAGACCAUCAACAG